AAAUGGCUGGCACGCUCGGAGAACUUGGACCCAGUUUAAGACCUUUGGAAGACUAGGGUUUGCGCAAGCUUCCCAUCUUUUAAAGAUUUUUCAGUUAUUACAAUAAGCAAUUCUCAAUUUCUGAAACCAAACUUCUGUUUCGAUUGAUAGAUUGAAUUUGAGAAUGGACGGAGAAGAGCUCACGGAGCAGGAGACUGCCUUGUACGACCGUCAGAUUAGGGUUUGGGGCGCUAAUGCUCAGCGAAGAUUGACCAAAUCUCAUAUCUUGGUCUCUGGAAUCAAGGGGACUGUUGCUGAGUUCUGCAAGAACAUUGUGCUGGCAGGAGUUGGUAGUGUGACGUUAAUGGAUGAUAGUUUAGUGAACGAGGAGGCCUUGAACGCAAACUUCUUGAUUCCACCUGAUGAAAAUGCUUACAGAGGCAAAACUGUGGCUGAGAUCUGUUGUGAUUCACUCAAGGAUUUUAACCCUAUGGUCCUUGUUUCUGUAGAGAAAGGUGAUUUGUCGGCACGCAGCACUGAGUUUUUCGAAAAGUUUGAUGUAGUGGUUAUAGGCUACGGUUCUCUUGCUACCAAAAAAGCUGUUAAUGAAAAAUGUAGGAAGCUAUCGAAACGAGUGGCGUUCUAUACAGUCGAUUGCAGAGACUCUUGUGGUGAAAUCUUUGUCGACCUUCAAGAUUACAAAUACACAAAGAAAAAGCUUGAAGAGAAGGUGGAAUGUGAACUAAACUUUCCAAGUUUCCAGGAAGCGGUAUCAGUACCUUGGAAACCGAUUCCUAGGAGAACAGCAAAGCUCUACUUUGCCAUGAGAGUAAUAGAAGUGUUUGAGGAGAAUGAAGGGCGUAAACAUGGAGAAUGCUCACUGCUUGAUCUUCCCACAGUCUUGGAAAUCAAAAAGAAACUCUGUGAGGCUAACUCAGUGAGCGAGAGCCUUGUACCAGAUAGUCUCUUGGAGAGACUUAUCACCGGUACUAUCGAGUUCCCACCAGCUUGUGCCAUCGUAGGAGGAAUACUAGCACAGGAAGUGAUAAAAGCUGUGUCAGGCAAAGGAGAGCCGUUAAAGAACUUCUUCUACUAUGAUGCUCAGGAUGGCAAAGGUGUGAUGGAAGACAUCUCCAACUCUUUUACCUCUUAACCAGCUAGCUAGCAAGCUGUCCUACGUUUUCAUCUAAAGACUGUUUAUUAUCUCAACGGUUUCUUUUGAAAUCUUCUAAUGUUCGGUUACGAAUAUGAUACUCCUUGCUUGUAGAAUAAUUUGUUCAGCAACGGAUAUUUUGAAUUUUCAGUUUCAAGUUUCGAAAUUUUAUAA